AUGGGGAACCCCCCAAAACCCCUCCCUCUUCUCUUCACCCUUCUAGCCAUCCUCCUCCGAUUUGCCCCGCAUUCCCGGCCCGAACCCGACUCCACCACCGUCGUCUACAAGGGCUGCUCCAACCAGUCCUUCUCGGACCCCUCCGGCGCUUCCUCCCAGGCAAUUUCCACCGUGUUCGGCACCCUCGUCGCCCAGUCCUCCAGAAACAAGUUCUUCCGGACAACCGCCGCCGCCGCCGGCCGGGACUCCAUCGACGGCCUCUUCCAGUGCCGGGGCGACCUCUCCAACGUGGACUGCUACAGCUGCGUGAGCAAGCUUCCCAUCCUCAUCGACCGGCUCUGCGGCGGCCGGCCCGUCGCCGCCCGGCUGCACCUCGCCGGCUGCUACAUGUCGUACGAGGUGUCGGGGUACUCGAGGGUGUCAGGAAUGGAGAUGCUGUACAAGGACUGCAGCGAGAAGAGCGCCGGCGGGCAAGGGUUCGAGGAGAGGAGGGACACGGCCCUGAGCGCGCUGGAGAGCGGGAUGAGCGGCAACGGCGUCCGGGACGGGUUCUACUCCGCGAGCGCCGAGUCCGUGUACGUGAUGGGGCAGUGCGAGGGCGACGUGGGGGCCGCCGACUGCGCUGACUGCGUGCGGAUUGCGGUGCAGAGGGCGCAGGUCGAGUGCGGGAGCUCGGUUGCGGGUCGGGUCUACCUGGACAAGUGCUUUGUCGGGUACGGGUAUGGCCCGAAUGGGUCGCCCAAGAAAUCCGCCUCUGCUUCCUUCAAUUCUCCAUAUUCUUCUUCAUACUCAUCAUCCUCCUCUUCUUCUUCCUCAGGGGAUGGGCCGAAUACCGGAAAGACGAUGGCUAUAAUAUUAGGCGGGGCAGCCGGAGUCGGGUUUCUGGUCAUCUGCAUUCUGUUCGCGAGAGGUGCAGUGAAGAAAAAGGAUGAUUUUUGA